AUGAAGCAACGAGCAGCAGCGGCACAGCGCCAGCGCCCGGUUCCUCAUUCAGCGAAGCGCCGAGCCCUCUGGGACAUCUCGAUCCGCACAGGUGAACUUCUUCCCUCUUAUCCAACUUCACAUUCGGCAUGCUGCGGGGGUCUGGCUGGCGUGGUAGCAGCAACAGCACGGCUGAGGGAUAUGGUGGUUGAUAAGCAAUCAGCGGCGGCGGCGGUUUGCGCAGCCCAGUUGGACUCUUAUAAACAACCCUACUGGACGCCUUCGCCCGCAGGCCCAUCAUCUUCGCCAUCCUCGAAUAUACGCUCCACUCCAGCUAAUUCAAAUUCGCCCGCAACACCGAUAAUGCAACCGCCCAGACUGCCUGUAACGAUGCGUGAUUCUGCUCUGUUGUCGCCGGGUGGAGCUCGGACGCCUGUUCAACAGCAGCAAAUGGGAAUGUGUCUUCCAGUGCCGAGUCCGAUGGGUAGUCCGAGUGCAAUGCAUCCGCCUCCGUCACCAUUCAUCGGUCGACCGUCCUCGAACACCUCUGCAUCACCGUAUAUGCAACCACCGCAAACACCUGUUCAUUAUCAGACAAAUUUGCAAAGUCCAGCGGGUAAUGGGUUGCAUUUGAUGGAUGUUAGCAGGGCUAGUGAGCCUGAAUGUAGUGGAUUUGAGCUGUUGUUUCAUGCUGUUAAUUUACUUUCCCUGGCCGUCGACGUGAUGGAAAAUCUUAACAGGAUUUGCUUUGCUGAAAGGAAGUGGCUAGUGAUUGGUUUGGAAAAGGGAGUGCCAGUAGGUGUGAUGGCACAAGGCAGCGUUCCGCCUUCAUCUCCCUGCGCUCCCUAUCCUUCGCGAAUGGCAACGAUGGGUCCACCGCAGCAGCAGUAUCCAUGUCAUGCUCAAGUACAGCCACCUCAGUGGAGUGGACAGCAGCCUCAGCAGCAUUUUGUUGCGCAACCGCAGAUGGUGACUUCUGUGCCGGUGCAGCGUGUCAUGGUGCCACGAAUCCCCUACGCAGUUCUGCAGAGUGCACUUUAUGAGUCAGAUUUUGAUUUCCGUCGAAAGUAG